GAGGCUGUUGUGCGUCUGACGUCACAAAGCUGCGUUGGGGGUGAUUUGGCUACUCGAUGUCAUCUGAGAACUGAAUCAGGAGAAUUUUUAUUAUUAUUAUUCCCUCUCCGUUGUUUUUUUUUUUAUUUAAAUUUUAUUUAAAUUGUCAGAUAGUAUUUUGAUUAAGUCGUCACUAAAUGAGGAGUCUCGACACAACCCUGAAGCGGUUCCGUAGCGCAUCCGCGGCUCGUCUCGAUGCUCCGGCGUUAGCUCGCGUUGCGCGCAGAUGCGCUUCCAACAGAGGAGCUUGGAGCGAGUAGGAGGGGGCAUGAACACACCGCCGAGGAGGAGGAGGAGGAGGAUGGAUCUCCGCUCGCAUAACGGUAUCGCUCUGGAUCAACAAACGGCGUUCUCCGCGUCAUUCUGACUUUCUCACGUAUCGCAUAUCGGUCACACGGACGGCUGAAACCGUCGCCUUCAAACGCGUUUCCAGAUGGGUGUUCGGGUGUCGAGUGGUUGUAGGCCCGCCGUCCGGCGCUCGGAUCCCCACACCGGGGCCGUGUUGUGCUAGCUAACGCUGCUCCUGCUAGCCGCGCUCACCGAAUGCCGCUGCACCGAAUGAGUCUCGGGCCCUCAGCAGCGACACACCACUUCCUAAAGGAUACACAAACGCUAACAGCCGUGUCCUGAGAUGUAAACGCGGUUCUUGUCUCGCGGGUGGACCAUAUAAUCGCAGGACGGAACGCAAGCCGCGCAGUGAUGUGGCUAAACCGCGUCUGAGCGUUUCUCAAGCCGGAGAGCUCGGGCUAAAACCGCUCCCCUGAACCUCUCGCACUUUUCAGGACAAAUUCCCCUCAGCAGCUCACCUCGACACAAACUGACAUGGAUAAACUGACCAUCAUUUCAGGGUGUCUCUUUCUGGCUGCGGAUAUAUUUGCCAUAGCAAGCGUCGCAAACCCGGACUGGAUCAACACUGGCGAAUCUGCGGGUGCGCUGACUGUUGGUUUGGUGAGGCAGUGUCAGACUAUUCACGGCCGAGACCGAACCUGCAUCCCGCCUCGAUUGCCGCCCGAGUGGGUCACCACGCUGUUCUUUAUCAUCAUGGGAAUCAUCUCCCUCACGGUUACCUGUGGCCUCCUGGUGGCAUCACACUGGCGCCGAGAAGCCACGAAGUACGCGCGGUGGAUAGCCUUCACAGGAAUGAUCUUGUUCUGCAUGGCAGCGCUCAUCUUCCCCAUCGGCUUCUACAUUAACGAAGUGGGCGGCCAGCCGUACAAGCUGCCCAACAACACGGUGGUGGGCUCGUCCUACGUGCUCUUCGUGCUGUCCAUCUUCUUCACAAUAGUAGGGCUGCUGUUUGCGGGGAAAGUGUGCCUGCCUGGCUGAGGAUGCCGUUUUCUCCAGGGAUCCAGAAGUCCAGGAGCUUUUGGAUAUUUUUUUUUUUCGAAGAGGAACGAACAAAAAAUAAUAAAUAGCAGUGCUCACUGUCUAGGAGAGCCGUCAAACGUGGGAUGGUGACACUCCAGCUUAACAACUAACUCCUGAAAACGCCAGUGCACUGACUCUGCACAGCUUGUGGGUCCUGUCAGCGUCCCCCAGAAACCAACCUAGGCUUAUUCGUUGCGCCUGUCUUUACGUUGCACUCCGGAUUGUCCGUCCGACGCGGGACAGAGGAGCCUCGGAGGGGCAUCACCCGCGUUCCAGGUGAUUUGAAGGCUCGCGAUGAUUUCAUGCUUAUUUUUGUCCCUCAUGAGCAUUUUUUUUUUUUGUUCAGUUACUAUUAUUUUACUCCAGCAUUGUACAGUUUUGUAUGGAUAGCACGCCUGCGUUUGCUAAAAGGAAGACGCGAGGCUCCACAACGAGUUCAUCAGUCCCUCACUGUGCUCCAGAGCAGAGGAUGAAAAGGGAUGUGCAUAUGUGAACAAACACAUUUUGUUAGAAACACUACAGGAAACAGAAGCACUAGGACUGCCGGUCAGGACCCUGUGAGGCCGUGCCUCACUGUGCUAACUCCCUCAUCUGAGAGCCUUGUUACACACACACACACGUGCACGCACACACACACACACACACACACACACACACACACACACACACACACACACAGAGUGGGGGGUCUGGUGAGCAAAAUGAACUGCUACCUGCCCUUGUAUGCGUCCUGGGCUCCAUCAGGUCAGUGUUCGAGAAGGCCGGAGAGAGAGAGAGAUCUGUUCUGUCCUUUAACCCGUUUACUUACCACCCCAAACCCCCCCCUCCCCCCUCCGUUGUUCUUCUGACACUCGGGAUAUGUCUGGUGUUAUUUGAUAACGUGCCAUGUACCUGUUUCUGUUGCAUCAGUACUAAGGGCAGAUUCAGUUAGAGGGAGCACUGUGCAGUAAAGCCAUUAGUAUUUGAAACACCGCAGAUGUACAAAAAAAAAAAAAAGAGAGACCUCCUUACCUCAUUGUUUUUGUAAUUCAAAAAAAAAAUUUCUUCCUUUGCUAACCAUGACGUUGUGUGCCCUGUAAAUUAUAUCUUGCUUUGGUCAGAGACAUUUAUCGAAAAAAAAAAAAAAUGCUGUGAUCAUUGCAAAUUAUUUAUCUGACACUGAAUAACAGGAGAAGAAGAAUGUGUGCGUGACAUCCUUUCUUUUUGAAGUAAUCCUUCUUUUAAACCAGUGUAUCAAGCAAGAGUGUAUAUUUACAAGGACUCUGAAUCUGUAUUAUUUUGACGUUCGUAUGAAUUGAAGGUCAGUUUUCUCCUUAGGAACGGUUGCUCUGUAUUAAAUAUGUUGUUCUUAUUCUUUCUUCUUUGACCCAGCCUCCAUCCCAGAAGAAGAAUUACUCUUCAACAAGUGAACAGUUGCCUAUACAGUUGUUAUUUUAACCAUUCUAUCACCUCUACAGUAAAUUAUCCUUUUUUAAAAAAUAAAAAAAUAAUAAUGGAAAAAAAAAAAAACUAGAGGAAUUGCAUCACGCAAAGCUGAAAAGUAUUCAUCCAUACAAACCCAGGUAUAGAAGAAUAUAUCCUGUUUAUAUCCUGGGGCGGUGGUAGCUCCAUGGUUAAGAUGCUGGGCUACUGAUUGGAAGGUCAUGAGUUCAAUCCCCAGCACCGCCAAGCUGCCACUGUUGGGCCCCUCAGCAAGGCCCUUAACCCUCAACUGCUACGAUGGAUAAGUGUAAGUCACUCUGGAUAAGGGCGUCUGCCAAAUGCCAUGAAAUGUAAUGAACUCCAGUUUGUAAUAGGAAUGAUUGGAGAAUAAAUGACAGGGUGUGUGUGUGUGUGUGUGUGUGUGUGUGUGUGUGUGUGUGUGUGUGUGUGUUGAAGAGACAGCCAGUAGUGUAAGACAUCACAUACAUACAUCUUUGGAUUUAGGGCAGGGGGAAAAACCCACAAAAUAGAACUAAAACAAAUAAGUGACUUUACAUAAAGUUAAGGAAUAGAUAUUAUUUAUGACUACAGACGUACAGAUUAUGUAUGAAUAACAGUAUUAUAUAUGAAAAGGAUAUUAGCAUUCCUUGUGCACAGUUACUGUUAACAGAUCCAUAUUACUGGCAAGACAUUUUUAUUUGUUUGUUUUGUUUUUCUUCUGCUUCACUAUUUCACUGUAUAAAAUAAAAGGCAUUAAAAAGCCUUACUGGCUGAUAUUAAAUGAGCUUUUAAAUCA